GGCUGCCAUGAUCGACCCCGCCGUCCUGGCUCCCGCAGUCUCCCAGACGCUUGCCGGCAAAGUCGCCAUCGUCUCCGGGAGCAACAGCGGUAUCGGCCUGGCCAUCGCCAAGGAGCUGGCCUCCCGCGGCGCCGACACCGUCAUCAACUAUCCCUUCCCCUCCCUAGCGGCCGAAGCCGACGUCGCGGCGAGCAACAUGCCCACCAAGUGCAUCGCCGUGUGCGCCGACAUGGGCACCGUCGACGGCCCCAAGGCGCUGGUGGAUGCUGCGGUGCGGACCUUCGGCCGCGUCGACAUCCUGGUCAACAGCGCCGCGCUCGCAGUCAACCUGCCGCUGGAGGAGCAGACGCUGGCGCACUGGGACUCGCUCGUGAACCUCAAUGCCCGCGGGCCGUUCCUCAUGACGCAGAACGUGCUCCCCCACCUCACGCGCGGCAGCGGCCGCAUCGUCAACAUCUGUUCCGUGAGCGCCCGCGGGCCGCCGCCGCUGCAGACCAUCUACGCCGGCACCAAGGGCAUGGUCGACAGCUUCACGCGCUGCUGGGCCAAGGAGCUGCCGCCGAAAUACGGCUGCACCGUCAACGCCGUGUCGCCCGGCCCGACCAUGACCGAGGGCUUCCUGGCGGCCGGCGAGGAGGCCAUGAAGGUGCUGCAGCCGACCAUUGAUGCGACGCCAGCCGGGAAGCGCAUGGGCAAGCCGGAGGAGGUGGCCUACGCCGUGGCCUUUUUGUGCGAGGAGCGGGCCGGGUGGGUGAAUGGGACGCACAUAUUCGUCAACGGAGGGUUGUACGUGGAUUAGACGAGGAGAUGAAUGGGAGUAGUACAGAUAGUUACACAUAGC